UUUUGAUAUUGCGAUUCUGGAACUAGCAUCUUUUUCAUAACCACCCGACAGUCCGCUUUCACAAUGCCGUCUAGAAUAAUUCUAUGAAUAGCCUUCCUUAAUCCCCCUAUACCUCAUCACCGAUCCCCCAUCACGAUGGAUGCAAAACUCACCCUCGAACUCUCCCGCCUCGAUCCCUCCAUCCCCUUCCACGCCUCCACCUCCCACCACCACCAUACCUGGGCCCGCACCUUCCACACCCGCCCCGAACUCUACAUCCAACCGCAAUCCAUUGAAGAGAUCCAGAAACUGAUCACCCUCGCACGACGAUGUCGCCGCCGUAUCGUCGUUGUCGGCAGCGCCCACUCCCCCUCCGACCUCACCUGCACCUCCUCCUGGCUCGUCAACCUUGACCACUUCAACCGAGUGCUCAGCGUCGAUGACGACUCGAAAGUGAUGCGCGUGCAGGCGGGCAUCCGAUUGCACGAUCUGAACGCCCGCGCCGCGGAGCACGGCCUCACAAUGCCGAACCUCGGGAGCAUCGACGAGCAGUCGAUCGCGGGGGUGAUGGCGACGGGGACGCACGGCAGCUCGCUAUCGCAUGGCCUGGUCUCGUCGCGGGCGCGGGCGCUGCGAAUCGUGCUGGCGAACGGGGCGGUGGUGCGGUGUUCGGGGGCGCAGAACGGGGAGCUGUUCCGCGCAGCGUUGGUGAGCUUAGGGGCGCUGGGGAUUAUCGUGGAGGUGGAGUAUGAGAUGGUGGCGGACGUGCAGAUCGCGUGGACGCAGACGAUCGUACCGAGCGAAACGAUUUUGGCGAAAUGGACGGAGGAUCUGUGGACGGCGGAGGAGUUUGUGAGGGUGUGGUGGCUGCCGUAUACGGGACGGAGCGUCAUGUGGAGGGCGAGUAAAGUUGAUCCAGACACCGCGUCCGCCGCUACAGAAACAUCGACGAACGAAGACGGCUCCUGGUACGCUGGCGCAGUCGGAUACCACACCUACCAUACCCUCCUCUACCUCGCGCACUACCUCCCCCCCCUCCUCCCCCUCAUCGAACGCUUCAUCUUCAGCAUGCAAUACGGCUUCCGUAACGGCACCACCACCACUGGCGCCGCCCCCCAGCGCUCCGCCCUCCUCAUGGACUGCCUCUACUCCCAGCUCGUCAACGAAUGGUCCCUCCCCCUCUCCCGCGGCCCCGAGGCCCUAUCCCGCCUCACCGCCUGGCUCAACGGCGACCGCGCCACCGCACAGCUCCCCUUCGACCCGUCCGGCGUCUACAUCCACGCGCCGAUCGAGGUCCGCGUCUCCGACACCACCUCUACAUCCGAAGCCCACCCCCGCCCCUUCCUCGACUGGUCCUCACCCUCCGAACCCACCCUCUUCCUCAACGCGACCCUCUACCGCCCGCACGGCCUCGAGCCUGCCUGCGCGGCGCGCUACUACGCGGCGUUCGAAUACCUCAUGAAGUCGCUCGGCGGGCGGCCGCACUGGGCGAAGAACUUCUGUAGCGUGGGGAGCGAGGAGGUGAGGGGGUGGUAUGGGGAGGAUUUGGAGGCGUGGUUAAGGGUGAGGGGGGAGGUGGAUCCGGAGGGGUUGUUUGUGGGGGGGUGGUUGAGGAGGGUGGUGUUGGGGGAAGGGGAGGGGGAGGGGGAGGAAAAGACGGCGAGGAUGCCGCUGGAAGAACGCGAGACGAGCCGCUGGGCACGGAAUGGCUCUAUUCUCGGUCGGAUUGCCGCCUGGGCUCGCGGGACGCCGACCGCCUCGGUUGCGGCGGAGGACGGACGAAGGCUCGGAAGCGGGAAGGCGGGGAGCGUGAGCCCGGUACUGAGUGAUGAGAGCUUUGACGUGAUGGUGGGGGCGGAGGUGGAGACGAGUACGAUGUUUGGGAGUAUAGGGAGUUUGGAUGAGGGAGAUGAAGGGGGCGAGACGGACAAGGGGGAGUGA